UACUUUGCCGUUGCUCGAGGCAGGCAGGCCGGUAUCUACCGGACAUGGCCUGAAUGCCAAGCUCAAGUCAAUGGCUAUUCGGGCGCUGUCUACAAGAAGUUCCCCACCGAAGAGGCAGCCCAACAGUUCGUGGCUCAGCACCACGCGGGAGGCAGCGGCGCCGCCGGCGAUGCCAUCCUCCCGAAGAAGCGUUCAGCCCCCGAGGAUGACGGGGCCAGCGACUUAUCAUCAAGCAACAAGGCGCGGCAUACUAAUGGCGCUACUUCAGGUUCCUCUGCCAAUGGCUCAAGUAGUGCCCUCUCGCUCCCGAACGUUGUCACCAUCUACUGUGAUGGUGCUGCGACAGGCAACGGCCAAUCGGGCGCACGAGCAGGUUGGGGCGUGUGGUUCGCAGACGAGGGCCAACCACUCAGCGAGCUGAAUGAAAGUCGCCGCUUACCAGGCUCGGUACAAACGAACAAUCGCGGCGAGCUCAUGGCCAUCGUACGCGCUCUUCAGCUUGCGCCGCUAGACUGCCAGGUGGUGAUCAGGACCGACUCGCAGUACUCCAUCUCAUGCAUCACGUCUUGGCAAGCAGGCUGGAGAAAGAAAGGGUGGAAACGGUCGAAUGGCGAGGAUGUGCAGAAUCGCGACUUGAUCCGCUUGUUGGAGAGGGAAAUGAGGAAGAGGAAGCCACGCCCAAAGCUGGAGUACGUCAAAGGGCAUGCGGGCCACUACGGCAAUGAGAGGGCUGAUCAUCUGGCUACGAGCGGAGCGGCAAAGCCAGCGAUACCAGAGAGCGAGUGG